UGGAUAUAAAAAAAAAACUUACAAUUAAAAGUUGUUAAUGUGAAAUUUACAUUGAUAAUAAAUAGAAACAGCUUCAGCUGAAUCGCUGUUGGUAAAGUUUUCAUCAGACUCACGCAAAUAAAAAACAAAAGUUUCAUAAUAAGGAUGGAGAAUGACGAAGAAGAUGGAAUCACAGAGAAGAGUUUAUUGCGUCCCAAGCUUGGUGAACUUCAAUUAAACUUUAAAGAACAUUCACUGGCACCAAACCGAGAUGGAAUGGGUAAUGGGAGAGACACACUUAAUUUUGCACACAUGACUGGCAGUACGAUAAGUGUCAAUGUAAUCGAUACGGAAAUAGAAAAUAGCAACAAAGUUCUCCGGCGACGAUCUUCUGCAUCUAUACGUCCAUUAAGUACAACUCAUUAUGAGCACCGUGUCUCGAUGCCAUUUUCAAGCACUACAUAUGCUGCAUUUAAAAAGGGAAAUGUUGUUCGCGGAAUUUUAUGUCCAUCCUUAACAAACUCAUUUCGAGCCGUAUCAUUAGAACGAAGCUAUCUGACAUACUCACAUCGACAGAGACAAAAGUCAUUAAUUAUUGUGAAUGCUGUUGAUUUGGUUUUAAAGCUUGUGCUUGCUGUCGUGUGGAUUUUUCAGCAACAGGAGGAUAGUAUUCCAAUAAGUGCAACAGUGUGGUCAAUAUUUUGCGUACUCGCCAAUUUGGGAAUAUGUUCGUUAGGCUUAUGGAGAUGCUUUGCCAACAAUUAUUUACAUUGGGCUGCUGUAUGUACAUGGCUAUUGCUAACUUUACAAGGAUUCGUUGGCGAUGGAAUUGGUUUUGCAGAACGUGAAUAUUUAGUUUGGUAUAUCUUGUUCAUACUUUUCGUGCCAUAUGCUAUGCUCCCUUUACCUCUUAAAUGGUGUGUCGCUGGAGGGACAUUAACUGCAACAACUCAUAUCAUCAUUACAACCAUUGCAAAACUACAGUCAUCGAAGGAUGAUGAAUUGCACACAAACUCAAUGUGCGUCAUCAGGCAAAUGGUUGCAAACUCCUUACUUUACAUAGCCGUCAAUUUUGCUGGAAUGUACACAAAAUAUUUGACAGAUCGGGGUCAGCGAUUGGCAUUUAUUGAAACGCAUAAAGCGAUGGAGCAUAAAAAGGAAUCUGAAAAGGAAUAUCAAAAAACACAGCGACUGCUUGAUUCCAUACUUCCAAUGUUCGUCAACAAUGACAUAAGAAAGGAGAUGUACAAAACACCAAACGAGGCGGAUACACAAUUUAAAAAAUUGUACAUUUAUCAUAUGGAUAAUGUGAGCAUUCUUUUUGCUGAUAUUAAAGGAUUUACGCAACUUGCCAGUACUGUAUCAGCUCAGCAGCUCGUCAAAAUUUUGAAUGAUUUAUUUGCGAGAUUUGAUAAAAUUGCUGAGGAUAAUCACUGUCUUCGUAUCAAGUUACUCGGUGAUUGUUACUAUUGCAUCUCAAUGUUCGAUCAACAAAGUUGGAAGUCUCGACCAGAUCACGCAAUUUGUUGUGUAGAGACGGGUCUUUUUAUGAUUAAGGCAAUUAAAGACGUCAGAAAUAGCACAAAUGUACAAGACUUAGACAUGCGAAUUGGAAUUCAUAGUGGAAGCGUUAUGUGCGGCGUUUUGGGUGAUAAAAAGUGGCAUUUUGAUGUUUGGUCAAAUGAUGUGAUAAUUGCAAAUCACAUGGAAAGUGGCGGCAUUCCAGGCAGAGUUCAUAUAAGUGAAGCGACUCUUAAAUGUCUGAAUAAUGCUUAUGAUGUCGAGCCGGGUGAUGGAGAAUCACGCGAUAAUCAUUUAAAAAUGAUGAACAUAAAGACUCAUUUAAUAAAGCGUAGCGACCCAUUACGGGUAAGGCGGAGUCGCUUAAUGCACAAAGAUUCUCAACAAAUUCGGAGGCAAUCGAGUGAAAACAGAGAAAGUUUGUUGUCGAAACAAACUUCAAGAACAACGAUGAAAGAAGAUGAACAGACAAAUUGGAUUCCGGAGAUUCCUUUUCAGAACUUAAAGACUGUAAUUCAAUCACCAGAAAACGUUGAGAAUACUGAAGAAUUUGAUUCACUCUCGGUCGUACCCGAGGAGGUUGGGGAGUUAAUCGAUCAGAAUAUUCAAAUUAAUUCAAAUAAGCAGAUGCGUGAAGAAUAUUUAAAUCCGUGGACGUUAAAAUUUAAGGAACCGCUACAGGAGGUUUGCUUCUGUCAGUUACGCGAAGAUAUGUUUAGAUCUAAUAUGCUGUGCAUGUUUGUCGUAUGGAUUUUCAUUGUGAUGUGCCAAUUUGUGAUAAUUCCACGAUGUUCUUACCUCACAAUUACGCUUAUCGUGACUACCUGCAUAAUUUCCGCUGGUUGCGUCCUCGUCAUGGCUGAAGAAUUUCGUGGAUUAUAUUUAUGGCUGCAAGAAUUAUCAGCAUCACUUGUUCAUGAUAGAAAUCGUCGUACAAUUUUUGUGGCAGUUGCUGUAACAUUAAUGUCAGCCGCGAGUUCUAUAGCCCUUAUUAUGUGCUUCCCUGAUGCAAAACCAAAAAUAUUCACCGACUUAUUUGCUGCUUUUUUUAAUGAAACCACAAAAAUGAUUGAAAGCAAUGCAACAAUUGAACUAUACAGCAAUGAAACGAUUGAAUGUCUUGAAUGUGAUGCAAUUAAGAAUCAACCGUCCUGUAUACAUCCGGAAUAUGUUGUAUUCUCAUGGGCUUUAUGCUUGAUUGCUCUCGCUACUGCACUAAAACUCUAUUAUCUUGUCAAAAUGCAAUUAGCCGUUGGCUUAGUGUCUAUAUUCUGCUUCCUCAUCCUCGCUGUCUAUCCUGAUAUAUUUAAUAAAUAUGAUGAAGACCAGGACAUUCAAGUUGGAAUUACAUUACCCACACAAAUGGUGAUUCUGUUACUGGCAUUUCUCACAAUGGUUAUUCAUCAUGCACGGCUAGUUGAGGUCACAGCACGUCUCGACUUUAUAUGGAAGGAAGAGGCUGAACGAGAAUUAUCCAAUAUGAAAUCUAAUCGACACCUUAACGAUUUAUUAAUAAAAAAUAUCUUGCCCGAGCAUGUAGCGUCGUUCUACUUAUCACAUGAAAUGUCUGAUGACAUUUAUUCUAAAAGUCAUGACCUGUGUGGCGUUAUGUUUGCCAGCAUACCCAAUUUUAAAGAUUUUUAUUCCGAGGAUGUUGAAAAUGGAAAAGCAUGUAUACGAGUGUUAAACGAGAUAAUUUGUGACUUUGAUGCAUUGUUGGAUGAACCGAGAUUUGCGACAGUUGAGAAGAUUAAAACUGUCGGACAAACGUACAUGGCAUCAUCAGGAUUAAAUCCAAAACAUCGAGCAGAAAUAGGCGGAACGGAUGAAGAUAUAGUAUGUGAUCUGGUGGAAUUUGCAAUGGCAAUGCGACAAAAAUUGCAAGAAGUAAAUAUGGAUGCAUUUAACACAUUUCAAUUGCGUGUUGGAAUCUCAUCGGGUCCACUUGUGAGUGGCGUUAUUGGAGCUCGAAAGCCAAUUUUUGAUAUUUGGGGAAAUACGGUCAACGUAGCGUCUCGAAUGGAUUCAACCGGUGAGAUUUGGAAGAUUCAAGUACCUGAACAUACAGCAAUAUUGUUACGCAAUAAUGGCUUUACUUGUGUGCCACGUGGCGAAAUUAAUGUCAAAGGUAAAGGCAUCAUGUUUACAUAUUGGGUUUUAGGCAAGAAUGAAUCUGUCAGUCGACUUGCUUCACCAACGAUAUAUCCAGCUGGAAUUCCAAUGGCUCGUACACCAACGCCAAAUUCACUGACAAGACAAACAUCAAGUCAUAGCUCCUUAGCAGCAGUUGUAUUUGGAAUGAUACAAGUCACACAACAGAAUGGACCAUCUGCACUCUUAGAUACGCCGUCUCUCAAAUACGCCGACAAAAUCAGCUGGCCGAGAAAAAUGAGCGAGAGAUUGACGAGGAAGACAUCCCUUAAUUUUUCAUUUAAACGAUCCACGACAUUGAAACUUCCGAGAGAACGAAAGCGCUUCUCCAUCCCUCAACUAGUCAACAAUACGUAAAAUUAUCAAUCAAAUUUGAAUUAUUAUGGAAAUAUGACAGAAAUGUAUCAAUUUUAAGCGAGUUAUUUGAUGAAAUGUUCAAUUUUGUAAAUAAGAGUUUUAUUUAUUCAACAUAUCCAAUGUUUUGAGAAGCUUUUAGCAUUGAAUUGUUAAACAAUCAGCAAGAAAACAUUCAACAUUUCAAGUUUAGAGCAUUGAAGCAUUAAAUAAAUGUGAUACAAUAGACGUUGAGCUCAAAAAAAUGUGAAAACUUGACCAAAGAAUUUUAAUUUAAUUUCCAAUGAAUGUAAAUUCCUG